AUGUUUUACGACCUGAAUGUACCUUACAGCCCAGAUGACCCAGAGGUGCCCCACACUCUCAACUUCCUCGCCGAAAUUGGUUACACUACCGUGGCACUAUCUCAAACAAUCAAUGGGAAGCUUCCUGCGAGCCUCACCCCACCUCCUCUCCCAGCGAACCCGCCAAAAUCCCUCCAACUGCUGACCCGGCUCAACCUGACUCUGGCCGACCCCGCGCAGAAUCAACGGUUGGCUGCCUUGACUCAAGCUUAUGAUCUGGUUGCGCUUCGUCCUACAAACGAAAAAUCUCUUCUAAAUGCCUGUACGAAUCUGGAAUGUGACGUGAUCUCGGUGGAUCUCUCCGUGAGACUGCCAUAUCAUUUCAAGUUCAAAAUGCUAUCUGCAGCGAUCUCACGUGGAGUCCGAAUCGAAAUCUGCUAUGGGCCAGGAAUCACAGGGAGUGGACUUGAUGCGCGGAGGAACCUCAUUGGGAAUGCAACUUCCUUGAUCCGCGCAACACGCGGCCGAGGUAUUAUUGUGUCAAGCGAAGCCAGACGGGCCUUGAGUCUACGAGCCCCGUGGGAUGUGAUUAACCUUACCUGUGUCUGGGGCUUGUCACAAGAACGUGGAAAGGAAGGAAUCUGCGAAGAGACGAGGAAGGUCAUCGCGUUGGCCAAGUUGAAGCGUACAAGCUGGCGCGGUAUCGUUGAUGUUGUCCACGGUGGUGAGAAAGUCAAACCCGACAGCGCGGCGCAAAAGCAGAAAGGCGCACCAAAAUCGGAAGAACCGACAGAACCAGAAACUGGAGCUGAUAGUCUCAAGAGAAAGGCAUCUAUUAGCUCUGAGCCCGUUGCCGAGGACCCUGACAGACCUCUCUCGAAGAGAGAAAUCAAGCGACGUGCCAAGAAGGCGAAAUUCGACGCUAAAGGAGGAAAUGCUACCUGA